AUGCUCUUGAAAAACCUUUUGGCUGUGGCUGCCACGGCUUCGACGGCGUUCGCUGCCAAGUUGGAAUGGUUUGGUAUCAAUGAAUCAGGCGCUGAGUUUGGCGAGAAAAACUUCACGGGUGUGUACGGAAAGGAAUUCAUCUGGUAUGACCUGUCGACUUUGGAUACCUUCAUGGCCAACGGUGUAAACCUUUUCCGAUUGAACUUCCUUAUGGAACGUCUCACCCCAAAGAGUCUCACUGCGCCUCUCGACAAAUACUACCUCGGCAACCUCACCGAGCAAGUCGACCACAUAACCAAGGCAGGCAAAUACGCCAUGAUUCAGCCGCACAACUACGGCCGCUUCGAAUCCAACAUCAUCACCGACGUCGCCGCCUUCAAGACAUGGUGGCAGAAUGUCGCUACGCAGUACAAGGACAACGAUCUAGUCAUCUUCGACACCAACAAUGAAUUCCACGACAUGGACCAACAACUCGUCUUCGACCUCAACCAAGCCGCCAUCGACGGUAUCCGUGCCGCCGGCGCAACUUCCCAGAUCAUCACUCCCGAGGGCAACUCGUGGACCGGUGCAUGGACAUGGGUGUCUUCCGGCAAUGGAGCCAGCUUGAUCAACCUCAAGGACCCGCAGAACAAGCUCGUCUACCAAAUGCACCAGUAUCUCGACACAGACGGCAGCGGUACACACGCAGAGUGCGUUAGCGCUACCAUCCUCUCUGAACGUCUCAAGGCUGCUACUGCUUGGCUCAAGGAGAACAAGCAAAAGGGCUUCCUGGGUGAGUUCGCGACUGGUAUCAACGACAACUGCAUCGCGGCUUUGAGAGAUGGUUUGAAGUAUAUGAACGAUAACUCUGAUGUGUGGACUGGAGCUGCCUGGUGGGCGGCCGGUCCUUGGUGGGGUGAUUAUAUGUACAGCAUUGAGCCCCCAUCUGGCCCUGCUUACACGGGUAUUUUCCCCAAGAUCAAGGAGUUCUUUGCUGUGUAA